AUGUCAGAAGUCCUCACUGUAGACGCUAUUUUGUUUGGGCUCUUGGUAUUUUCUGGCAUACUGGGAAACAUCUUGGUCAUCCAUGUGGUGUUUCAGUCAGCCAGUGAGAGUCCAGCUCGGAGGCUUCCUCCUUCUGACACUAUUUUGGUGCACCUGUCACUGGCCAACUUGCUGACCUCACUUUUCCGCACCGUGCCCAUCUUUGUGUCAGACCUGGGCUUGAAUGUGUCUCUGUCUCCGGGCUGGUGUCGAGUCUUCAUGCUGCUCUGGGUGUGGUGGCGAGCUGUGGGCUGUUGGGUGACUCUAGCACUUAGUGUCUUCCACUGCACAACCCUGAAGCGACAGCAUGUGGCCUUUGGACCUCUCGCACAGCAGAGGGAAAGGCGGCGGGUAUGGAUCAUUCUGGCGCUGGUGUGGGGAGCUAACCUGGCCUUCUCUAUUCCAGCUCUGGUGUAUAGCACCCAUGUUCAUGGCAAUGCCACUGUGGAGCUGAUGGUGAUCAGCUGCACCACCAGGCCUCUGCUGGGCUGCAUCUGGGAAUUCCCCUCUGAACAGCAGGGCUCAGCUUUUGCCUCCACUUCACUGGCACUUAAUGAGGUGCUGCCGCUGGUGCUGAUGGUUUUCACUAAUCUGGCCACACUUCAUGCUCUGGCCAAGCACAUCAGAGCUGUCACUUCAGGGGGAGAGUCAGGAGGAACUCAUGGAGAGCUGGACAAACAUGUGUCCACUGAACGCAAGGCAGCUAAUGUCAUCAUGUCGCUGGUGUCGCUGUUCGUGGUCUGCUGGGCGCUACAGGUCGCUGCAGUGACGUACUACAACCACGAUGGGGGACACCAUGCUGAAGGGCUGCUGACCGUGGCCCAUUUUUCUGCCUCUCUGUUUGUAGGAUUCAGUCCAAUGGUGGUGGCCCUAGGACAUGGCAAGCUGAGGAGGAGAAUCACGAACAUGAUACUGGGGUGUUCUAAAGAUCUUAAAUGUGCUAGUGAGGACACUGAUCAGGGGAGUAAAUCCCCAAAGACUAAAGGAAAAAAGGAAGAACAAACCAUUUCUGUUGUUCAACAAGAGAGGAAAGUCAUAAAAGUAGAGGAGAAAGGUAACGCAAGCAAAUGA